AUGAUGAAGAUCUGCGGAAUUGGAGCUGGGUAUGUAGGGGGUCCUACAAUGGCUGUGAUUGCCCUCAAAUGUCCCUCAAUUGAAGUGGCUGUGGUUGAUAUCUCUCACUCUCGCAUAUCAGCUUGGAACAGCAAGAACCUACCCAUAUAUGAGCCAGGCCUAGAAGAAGUGGUGAAGCAGUGUAGAGGAAGGAACCUAAUAUUCAGCACUGAUGUAGAAAAGCAUGUGCACGAGGCAGACAUAAUUUUUGUUUCAGUGAACACUCCAACAAAAACUAGAGGGCUUGGAGCUGGCAAAGCUGCAGACUUGACUUAUUGGGAGAGUGCAGCUAGGAUGAUUGCUGACGUUUCGAAGUCAAACAAGAUUGUUGUUGAGAAAUCCACUGUCCCAGUCAGAACAGCUGAGGCAAUUGAGAAAAUUCUAACACACAAUAGCAAAGGCAUUAGAUACCAAAUUUUGUCAAAUCCUGAGUUUCUUUCUGAGGGAACUGCCAUUCAGGACCUUCUAAAUCCUGACAGGGUUCUGAUUGGAGGGAAUGAAGACCCUCAAGGCCAAGAAGCAAUUCAAAAGUUGAAGGGUAUAUAUGCCCAUUGGGUGCCUCAUGACAGAAUCGUAACAACCAAUCUUUGGUCAGCUGAACUUUCCAAGUUAGCUGACAAUGCCUUCUUGGCCCAAAGGAUUUCAUCUAUCAAUGCAAUGUCAGCUUUAUGUGAGGCCACUGGGGCAGAAGUUUCACAAGUUUCUCAUGCUCUAAGCAAAAACACCAAACUAGGGCCUAAAUACCUUAAUGCUAGUGUUGGUUUUGGUGGCUCUUGUUUUCAAAAGGACUUGCUCAACUUGGUUUAUAUAUGUGAGAGUAAUGGCCUAAUGGAAGUGGCAAAUUACUGGAAAGAAGUGAUUAAGGUGAAUGACUACCAAAAGGGUAGGUUUGUGAACAGGGUUGUGACAUCCAUGUUCAACACAGUUUCAGGUAAGAAGAUUGCAAUUUUGGGGUUUGCCUUCAAGAAAGACACCGGUGACACUAGGAAAACUCCUGCAAUUGAUGUUUGCAAAGGACUUUUGGGAGAUAAUGCAUGUUUGAGCAUAUAUGAUCCCAGGGUUACUGAGGAGCAGAUUCAAAAAGAUUUGUCAAUGGAUGGUGUUGAAUGGGACCAUUCCACUACUGUGAAACAGGUUAAUGUUGUUGGUGAUGCCUAUGAGGCAACUAAAGAUGCUCAUGGUAUGUGCAUUCUUACUGAGUGGGAUGAGUUCAAGAUUAUUGAUUAUGAAAAAGUAUUUGACAAUAUGCAGAAACCAGCAUUUGUGUUUGAUGGUAGAAACAUGUUGAAUGUUGACAAGUUGAGGGAGAUUGGAUUCAUUGUAUACUCAAUUGGGAGGCCAUUAGACAAGUGGCUGAAGAACAUGCCUCAGCAUGCAUGA